AGAAAAAACUCGAUUAAAUUUUUUUAUUUUCACACUGUUCGGAAAUAGGUAUUCCAAUCAAUUUCCCUCACUUUUGACAGUUCCGUGUACUGAAAUGCGAAAUGUCAAAACAUUGUUUACACGUGCGUCUAUUCAACUAACGGAGUUUCGAUUAAAUGAAAAAGAUUGAGUUGAAACAUAAAUAAAAUUGCUAUUUAGAGCAAAAUGAGUGAACCAGGCAAAUACGUGCUGCUGAAAAAUGUGCAGGCAUCUUCAAAGAAGAUAAAGAAGGCGAAACAAAAGAAAGUCAAACAGUUGAAAAAGAAACUAGAGAAAGUUGUGCCGCAAAAAACAGCCGGUCCGAUUCCGAAGCAAAAAGGGAAAAUACCAGCACCGAAUGAAGGAGCCAGCAAGAAAAAGAAGAAAAAUAAACAAAAACCAGAUGCAAAGAAGCAGUUUACCCAUGAAGUACCUCAGAAAAGUGCUAAGAACAAAAAACAAAGACCACAAACCAAUGAGGAGCCAUCGGAAGAGCCCAAAAAUUUUCACGACGAUUUGGCUGGUCGAUUGAAAGCGUCACGCUUUCGAUUUAUAAAUGAGCAACUGUAUACACAAACCGGUGAUGAAGCGAUCAAAGUGUUCAACGAAGAUGAUUCGGCAUUCAACACAUACCACGAUGGUUAUCGCAUUCAAGUCAAACAGUGGCCGCUCAAUCCAUUGGAUCGCAUCAUCAAUUCGAUUAAGAAAUUACCUCCGAACUACAUAGUUGCUGACUUUGGAUGUGGUGAAGCUCGUUUGGCCGAAUCAGUGUCACAAAAAUGCUACAGUUUUGACUUGGUGGCAGCAAACAAGAGAGUCAUUGCAUGCAACAUGGCCCAUACUCCACUAUCGCCUGAAUCAGUGAACGUGGCCGUAUUUUGUCUCUCGUUGAUGGGUACAAAUCUCAAGGAUUUCCUGCUUGAAGCCAAUCGCAUCUUGAAAAUUGGUGGCCAUCUGAAGAUUGCGGAAAUCGAGUCGAGAUUCGAUAAUGUCAAUGCAUUCAUCAACAAUUUGAAAAUCCUCGGUUUUGAUUUAGUCACAAAAGAUAUUUCAACAAAAGUGUUCUAUUUUCUGUACUUUAAAAAAGCCCGUAACGUUAGCGAUUCUAAGCAACUGAAGAACUUUUCUCUUAAGCCAUGCCUGUAUAAAAAACGAUAAAGACUCAAUAAAAUCAAAUUAAAACCAAUUUGAAUUGGUUCGAAUAAAGAA